AUGGAGGGCAAAGACUUGGGGCACUUGAAGCUUGAUGCCGUCAUCGGUAUUAAUGGAGGCUCCAAAAGGUGCAUUCUUAUGCAUCCUGACAACCAACGGCUAAUAUUUGCCCUUGGUUACUCUAUCGUUGUUCGUGACCUCAUAAGCAGCUCCGAUACUUUCUUGUGCGGACACGAUAACUGUGUCACCUGCAUUGCAAUAAGCAAGGAUGGGAAAUACUUGGCCAGCGGGCAAGUUACUCAUCCAGGCUUUGUAGCAGACAUCAUAAUCUGGAGCCUCGACGAUGCAAGAGAGCUUGGAAGGCUUAGCUUUCACAAGGUCUCAGUAGAGUGCCUUGACUUUUCUUGUGACGGCAAAUUCUUGGCCAGUUUGGGUGGCGAAAGCUGCAACACUCUCGUGCUUUGGAGCGUUGAGGAGAGGAAGGCACUCUGUGGAAUUGCUGCUGCUCUAGAGACUGCCAGAUGUUUGGCAUUUUACAAUAACACCCCUAAUAUGCUGGUAUCCGCGGGAGCGUCACACCUCCGAAUUUGGGAGAUUGAUGCUGAGACGAAGAAGAUGACACCACGAGAUUGCAAUCUUGGCAAGCUUCGUAGGUGUUGUGAAGCUCUUGUUAUUCACGCCGCUGAUGAAAUGGUGUACUGUGGGACGCAGUCCGGUGAUAUUCUUGAGGUAUCGCUUAGCACGGGAUUGUUCAAAAGAAGCGGGCCUCCAAAACGGCAGCUUAGGGCAGGUGUCACUGCCAUGACUUUAAUAGGUAGCCAGCUUUUUGCAGGUACCGAAGACGGCCAGUUAUUUAGGCUAGGAACUGAUACUCUCUCUCCAUCAAGCGUUUGUCAGAUCUCUGGAGCAAUUACAUCUCUGAUUGCAGCUCCAGACAGUUCCAUGCUUUGGGCAGCAACCUCAGCAAAUAAUCUGUACAGAAUUGAUGCGCGGACACUGACGCCUCAUCUCAAGCACUCUGCACACGCUGGUACAAUAAAUCAAGUGGCGUUUCCAGACAACUGCUCCCAAAUCCUAGCAACGUGUUCGGCAUCAGACGUGAGAAUAUGGGACACAAGGACCUACAAAGAAUUGUUACGAAUUCAAAUUCCUGGCGUUGAGUGUUUAUGUACGGCCUUUGCUCCGGAUGGAUCUUCAAUAAUAACUGGAUGGAAGGAUGGAAGGAUUCGCGCAUUCACUCCAGAGACGGGAAAGCUACUCUUUUGUAUUGAACAAGCACACAAGGACGGAGUUACAGCAAUUGCAGCAACGAGAGUUGGCAGGCGAUUGGCAUCAGGAGGUGUUUCUGGCCAGUUCAGGGUGUGGGAUAUACACAGCAGCUCUCAAGAGAUGUUGGCAAGCAGAAAGGAGCACCGAGGGAAAAUCUGCUGCUUACGACUACGUCGGAACAACAUUCACGCCCUAACAGCUGCUGAAGACGGCACAAUCAUCGUUUGGGACAUGACAACAUAUACUUCAAUUCUGUCAAUCAAUGAAAGCACAAUUUUUCGGAGCGCUACUUAUUGUGCCGAUGAAGUGCACAUCCUUGCAACGGGCAGCGACCGGAAGAUUCACUACUUUGAUGCUCUAGAUGGUACGAAAAUACGGGACUUCGAGGUCGCAGAGGAUGGAGAUGUACACUGUAUUUCUUACCAGCCAAAAGACCACUUAGUCUGCACUGGUGGCGACGAUCGUUCGCUUCGUCUUUGGGGAUACGAAUCCGGGGAAUGCAUAGCUCAGAGUGGCUGGCACGCUGACAUUCCACACUGCGUCUGCUUUAGCCCUGACGGCAAUCUUCUUGUGUCUGGUGGCAACGGUGGAGUUAUUCACUUUUGGCACAUUUCCGAGGAACUUCUUCAAAAAAGCAGCGAAAUAAGAAUUUAG